CUGUAGGGGUAUCAAAAUGUUCAUCAUAUUGGACAGAAGAAGUCAUUUUAUCUUGAUGAAGCUUGCUGAUACAAUUGGCACAAAAAUGAUUCAUGCCAAACAGUCACCACCUCCAAGUCCUCCUCUUUCAUUUCACAAUUCUUCACCAUUACCAUCUCCAAUUCCUAGUCGAACUGAAAAACACAGUGCUACAGCAAAACGAUCAAAAUUUCUAAGACGUCUCAUUUAUUUUCGUCACAUGGACUUUGAAUUUGCAUUAUGGCAAAUGUUAUAUUUAUUCAUAUCACCACAGAAAGUGUAAGUAGCAUUACAUUCUUUAAUCUAUUUUAACUGAUUUUCAAAAUAAAUAUCAUCAAAAGUAUCAAGCUGUUAAAUAUAUAAUUCACAUAAUUAAAACAUUUUAAAAUAUAACAAAUGUACAGCCUGAUAAAAAUUGUUGUACCGUUGAAAAUAAUAGUUUGUAUGUUAAAAUAUGAUGGUGAUGAUAGAUGAAGUUCUGUUGUAAGAAUUUGAGGAAAAUGUAGAAAUUUUUAUUUCAAUUCUUUAAAAAUCAUUUCACUAGGCUUUAAGAUAGAAUUUUAUGAAGUUGUUAUAAAAUAGCAUAAA